UUGAUCAAGUUUAGCGAGCACAACCGGUUGCAAUUACAUUGAACUGCUUUUCUCUCAGCAGAUCAGCGGAGUCUAGUGGGUUGCCCAUGUAAUUUCCCAUUAUCUAAUGGAAAAGUGGAGGAAAAUCCCUCGGACUCAGCGCGCAAUCUACCUUUGUUGCAAUGCACAUUUCACUCAACCUGUUAUAUACAUCCAGAUAUAGAGAUCCGCAUCUGAGAGCUUGGUUAGUAUCAGCUUGGGUUCUGGAGAAUCGAGAUGGCUUCUACGGAAUGGAAGUUUCUACUUUUGCCACUGGUGAUCGGCGCACUUUGCGAAUGGGUCCAACUUUCAGCCGCGGCGCAAAUCACCUUUGGAAGCUGUGCUCCCCCAAAAAGCGAGGAGCGUGGCCAGUGCAUCCACAUCACCAGCUGUCCCUCCCUAGCCAAAUUGCUGACUAUGGAGCCAAAGACUCCCGCCCAGCGUCUCCUCCUCGCCAACAGUCAAUGUGGGUUGGACAACCGUGCUGAGGGCCACCUAAACAGCACACUGGUCUGCUGCCCGCGAAGCAAGCGGAUCGACAGCGAGGAGCCGGCGGAACCAUCGCAUCUGCCAGGAGAUAAACAGCUGCCUGGCAAUGUGCUGCCUGGAAAUGAGGUCUGCGGAUUUUUCUUCGGGGAUCGCAUUCUCGGGGGCACCAACACGAGCAUCUGGGAAUUCCCAUGGAUGGUAUUGCUGCAGUACAAAAAACCUGACGUCAACAAAUCCACAUCUUUAAAUGCGUUUACUUUCAACUGCGGCGGCGCCUUGCUCAACUCCCGCUACGUCCUGACCGCCGGACACUGCCUGACCAAUCGGGAACUGGAGAAGGCCGGUGUCGUCCUGCACAGCGUUCGCCUGGGGGAGUGGGACACCCGUACUGAUCCCGACUGCGCCACCCAGAUGAACGGACAGCGCAUCUGUGCGCCGAAUCACAUCGACAUCGAGGUGGAGAAGGGCAUCACCCACGAGCAGUAUGCCCCCAAUUCCGUGGACCAGCAGAAUGAUAUAGCUUUGGUGCGCCUGAAGAGGAGUGUCAGCUACACCGACUAUGUGCGCCCCAUUUGCCUGCCCACAGGUGACCUGAUCCAGAACCAUUUCGUAGACUACGGCAUGGAUGCGGCCGGCUGGGGCCUCACUGAGAACAGGCAGCCCAGUCCGACCAAGCUAAAGGUGACCGUCAACGUUUUGAACCGCACGAUAUGCCAGGAAAAGUACAGCUCCUUCAAGGUGAAACUAUCUGACACCCAAUUGUGUGCCGGCGGCAUGAAGGGUAUAGAUACCUGCGAUGGCGAUUCCGGCGGUCCUUUGAUGGUGUCCAUAUCGACAGGCGGCCGGGAUGUAUUCUACAUCGCUGGCAUCACCUCAUAUGGCACUAAGCAGUGCGGGUUCCAGGGAUGGCCCGGCGUUUAUACCCGUACGGGUGCUUUCAUCGAUUGGAUACAGCAGAAAUUGGAGGCAUAAUAAAUAAAAUUGCUAGUUUAUUCACAUUUCUCGCAUUGGCUAGCUUACAAUAUUA